AUGACAGAGGCAAGGUCUAUGUCAGCCGGAGUGGCCCGGAGGCAGGAGGUACCUCAGGGGCAGGGUAAGGCGUGGGCCCCGAAAGAGGUGGUUCUGUACGACAUCCCAACUCCCGCUGGUCAGAAGAAAGGUAUGCUGGGAAAAUAUAACCCCUGUACCUCCCCCCGCUACGUGGAAGCCGCAUGGUACGAGUGGUGGGAGAAGGAAGGAUUCUUCAAACCCGAAUAUCAGAGCCGGCAGCCCCAUAGGAAACCAGACGUCUUCUCCCUUUGCAUCCCCCCGCCCAACGUCACGGGGUCCCUGCACCUGGGCCAUGCCCUCACGGUGGCCGUCGAGGAUUCGCUGGUGCGAUGGCGCCGGAUGCAGGGCUGCCGGGUGCUCUGGGUGCCGGGAUCGGAUCACGCCGGAAUCGCGACUCAGGCGGUGGUGGAGCGCAAGCUGUGGAAGGAGCGGGGCGCCCUGCGCCAGGACCUGACCCGAGGGGAAUUCCUGGCCGAGGUCUGGAAAUGGAAAGAGGAGAAAGGGGACGAGAUCUUCCGACAGCUGAAGGCUCUGGGGGCAUCUCUGGACUGGGACCGAGUCUGCUUCACCAUGGACGCUGGGUUCUCAGCCGCCGUGGCAGAGGCCUUCGUGCGAUUGCACGAGGACGGGCUCGUGUACCGCGAGCGGCGCCUGGUGAACUGGUCGUGCGCCCUGCGCUCUGCCAUCUCUGACGUGGAGGUGGAAACCCGGCAGCUCCGGGGUCGGACUCUGCUCCCCGUGCCCGGCUGCCCAGAUCCGGUGCCCUUUGGACUGAUGGUCACCUUUGCCUACAAAGUGGAUGGACCAGAGGAUGAGGAGGUCUCGGUGGCCACCACCCGCCCGGAGACGAUGCUGGGGGAUGUGGCCGUGGCUGUCCAUCCCGACGACCCACGGUUCAGGCACCUGUAUGGCAAGCAGCUCCGACACCCGUUCACUGGGCGCCUCCUACCCAUCAUCACGGACCCCCUGGUGGAGCCAGAGGUGGGCACAGGAGCGGUGAAGGUGACGCCGGCGCACAGCCACACCGACUACGAGCUGGGCAAGCAGCAUGGGCUGCCCUUGGUCUCUGUGAUUGGGGAGGAUGGGACCAUGACCGCUCAAUGUGGCGAUUGGCUCCAGGGCCUGAAUCGCUUUGUGGCUCGUGAGAAGGUGGUAUCUGCCUUGAAGGAGAAAGGCCUGUACCGGGGUAUGAAGGAUCAUGCCAUGGCCCUGCCCCUCUGCAGUCGCUCUGGGGACGUGGUCGAGAACCUGCUGAAGAGCCAGUGGUUUCUACGAUGUGAGGGAAUGGCCCAGAGAGCGCUGGAGGCUGUGGAGUCGGGGCGCCUGAAACUCACCCCGAAAUUUCACGCGAAGAAAUGGAGGACGUGGCUGUCCAACAUCAGCGAUUGGUGCAUCUCCCGGCAGCUGUGGUGGGGGCAUCAGAUUCCGGCCUAUCAGGUUUCUGUCUCAGGGUCAUGUGACGUAGGCAAGGAUGGGAGUGAUGCAUUGUGGGUAGCUGGCAGGACAGAGGCGGAAGCCCGCAGGAAAGCAUCGGCGAUUUUGAGAAAACCGGAAGAGGAACUGGAACUGGUGAGAGACGCCGAUGUGCUGGAUACUUGGUUCUCUUCUGCUCUCUUCCCCUUCGCUGCACUGGGAUGGCCCCGUAAGGUUGGGGACCUCCAGGAAUUCUAUCCCAACAGCCUCUUAGAGACGGGCAGCGAUCUGCUCUUCUUCUGGGUGGCCCGGAUGGUGAUGCUGGGGGAGCAAUUGACCGGAGAGCUGCCCUUCUCCCAGGUUUUCCUGCACUCCCUCGUGCGCGAUGCCCACAGCCGCAAGAUGAGUAAAUCGCUGGGGAACGUCGUGGACCCGCUGGACGUCAUUCAUGGGGCCUCCCUGCAGGAGCUGCAGGGGAGGCUGCGAGACGGGAACGUGGACCCCCGGGAGGCGGCCAUCGCUGCGGAGGGACAGAGGCGCGACUUCCCCCAGGGGAUCCCCGAAUGCGGCGCUGACGCCUUGAGAUUCGCACUGUGCUCCCAUCGCGUCCAAGGAGACGACCUCAACCUGGACGUGGGCGCGGUCCUGAGCUCCCGGCACUUCUGCAACAAGGUGUGGAACGCCGUCCGCUUCACCCUGGGGGCCCUGGGAGAGGGGUUUGCCCCACGGAGCCCGGAGGAGGUCUGCCCCAGCUCCCCCAUGGACCGGUGGAUCCUCAGCCGUCUCUACCACGCUGCGGCGGACUGCGGCCAGCGGUUUGGGGAGUACGAGCUGCAUUUGGCCGCGGCCGCCCUCCACCACCUUUUAGGCCUCUCCCUCCCUUGGCAGGAGUCGGUGAAGCCCGUAUUGCAGGGCGGGGAUCAGUCCCGGAUCCUGCAGACCCGCCACACCCUGCUGAGCUGCGCCGACCUCGGCCUGCGCCUCCUUUCGCCCUUCAUGCCCUACCUGACGGAGGAGCUGUGGCAGCGGGCCCCCAAGCCGGACGCGGGCUCCCCCUGCAGCAUCUGCGUGGCCGCCUACCCCAGCCCUGGGCAGCUGGCCCAUUGGCAUCGUCCCACGGACGAGGACGACUUCCUGUUGGCGCAGGAAGUGGUGCGGGCGGCGCGCACCCUGAGGAUACACCCGUUGGGCCUCCCAUUGGGGAAGCCUGCCCUUCCCCAGCAUGCACUGGGAGGGCAACCUUACCACAUUGGCCAGGCCCGCCAUGAUGAAAAGGCCAAACCAGGUCGGUGGCCAAUCAGGACUACAUUUCCCAACAUGCCUGAGGAGGUUGCAGCUCCUGUUGGGUCCUUCCAAGAUGCCGGGCAGGUAUGGCCAAUCAGGACUACAAUUCCCAGCAUGCCCUGGGAGGGCUGCCUCACCCCAUUGGCUGAUGGGCUCUCUCUCUCUCUCUGUGCCCCUGCAGUCUACCUGCUGUGCUCAGAGCCAGCUCCCUGCCGGGUGUACGAGGAAUACCGUGAGCCCCUGCAAACCCUGUCCCUGGCCGGCUCACUGGAGCUCCUCCCCUCCACCAAGGGGGCGGAGCCUCCUGUGGGCUGGGUUGGGGGGAGAGUGAACGGCCACACUGAGAUCUAUCUGGACCUGCAGGGGCUGGUUGACCCCGAGACGGAGCUCCCCAGGCUAGCAUCCCGUAAGGAGAAGCUGGAGCGGCAGAUCUUGGCGCUCCUGGCACGGACCCAAGCUGCUGGCUACCAGGAGACGGUGUUACCGGGCGCAGAGGCAGAGAACCAGCUGAAGAUUUCCUCUCUCCAGACGGAGCUGGCACACUUGGCUCAGGCCCUGGAGAGCCUCAGCCGCAUGGCAGCCAGACCGGGAACCCCUCCGUCGGCGGCAGACGAAUGAGUCACCUCUAGCAAACUGGGUUCACCUAGAGAACUCCUUGCUGCUGGAUGUGGAAAGGACCCAAGCUACCGGGGGCCAUGGGCCGGGCUCAAGUGCAGAGGACCAACGAGGCUGAGAUACUAAGAGACUGAAGGGCCUGCAAGGCUGGGUGUGACCAUGGCAGAACAGGAUUGGCCUAGGGGGCAGACUGCUUCCCUUGGCCAGUAGGGGUCACUCUCGCGCCAUGGACAAACCAGCCAACUUCGAAGAGCCAGCGGAAACGGCUGUCUGGGCGUACGCUGUGCUCCCGGCUCGCUUACCCCUAGGGGGCGCUGUGACGCCCACUUCCUUCGGACAAUACAAACCAAACAGCCCGUUCUCUUGGGUUUCCGGCCGAAUCCACCCCGCAACCAGCAUCUGUUGGUCAAACCCGGGGCCUCUUGGCGGGCAGGCCUACCGCCCGUUCCUCUCUCUCGCGGCGCGGGGUUUUUUUGGAAAGGAGGCGGGAUCCAGCCGGCUUCCAGGAAAAUGAGCCGGCGGCUUGGUGUGGAAGUGGAAUCCCUCAUUAAAACUGCCGGGGAGCGAACCCCAUCUCUGA